CAAACUAAUCGGAGCGGAUCGGAGUGUUGAUCGGAGAGUUUUGCACUUGGACUUUCGUUUCUGUAUUCGAUUUCCCAGCGUCGUAGCGUCAGCGUUGUGGCGUCUCGCGCCUGCCACGAGCUAUGAUUUCGAUGAUAUUUCGUUAGAGUAUUUUAGUGGACAUUUGAGAGGCGUCAACACUAGUAAAGAAUAACCGCGGUGAUCCGUACCGUUCUCGUCUGACAGGUUAUUGGAUACAAACAAAACCAGGAUGCCAGCAUUUCUGAGUUACAUUGAAGUCGAAGACUUCAAAUCCUACAAAGGAAAACUCAGGAUUGGUCCACUCAAACCCUUCACGGCAGUCGUAGGCCCAAAUGGAUCCGGUAAAUCAAAUUUCAUGGAUGCCAUCAGUUUUGUCAUGGGGGAAAAAACUAGCAGCCUUAGAGUAAAAAGAUUCAGUGAGCUCAUCCACGGUGCUUCGAUUGGUCAGCCCGUUAAGCGAAGUGCUUCGGUUACAGCUGUAUUUAAAAUGGAAGAUGGUACUGAAAAGAGUUUCAUGCGGUCAGUGCAAGGCUCCGCCUCUGAGCAUCGUAUCGAUAAUAUGGUUGUAACUAGUCAAGUGUACCUUAACGAGUUGGAACACCUCGGGAUAAAUGUGAAGGCUAAGAAUUUCCUUGUCUUCCAAGGGGCUGUUGAGUCUAUAGCUAUGAAAAAUCCCAAAGAAAGAACAGCUCUUUUCGAAGAGAUCAGCAAUUCGGGUGCACUGAAAACUGAAUAUGAAAGGCUCAGGAGUGAGAUGCUCAGAGCAGAAGAAGAGACACAGUUCUCUUAUCAAAAAAAGAAAGGUGUAGCUGCUGAGAGAAAAGAGGCGAAAUUAGAGAAGGAAGAAGCUGAGAAAUACCACCGUUUAAAAGAAGAAUGUGCAGAAAAGCAGGUGGAGUUACAGCUCUUCAGGUUGUUUCACAAUGAAAAAGAGAUUGAAAAUUUAGAAAACACCCACAAAAAGAAGCAGCAUGAAGUGGAUAAGAUUUUAAAGAAAAAGGAAAAAGUGGAUGAGAAACUGCGGGAGCAGAAAAAAGAGGUUGGCAAACUAAGCCGUGAAUAUCAAAAGAUAGAACAAGAUAUUAGGGAAAUGGAAGCAGAGAUAUCCAAAAAAAGGCCCACUUUCAUCAAGGCAAAGGAGCGUGUCACUCACAUGCAAAAGAAAGUGGAAUCUGCUCGCAAAUCUUUGGCAACUGCGCGUACUGCUGACGAAGCUCACAAGAAAGACAUAAAGGAACUUCAUGACCAGUUGUCCCAAGUUGAGCAAGCCAAAAGUGCCUACGAGGCGAAUGUCGCCGGGCAAUCGCAGUCACAAGGGAGAGAUGUACAGCUUGAGGAUGAACAGGUCCGAGAAUAUAAUAAUCUGAAAGAAGCGGCAGGAAAACAAUCAGCACGCUACCUGCAGAUGCUUGAUUCCAUAAAUCGUCAGCAAAAAUCAGACCAAGACAGGCUUGAUAAUGAGGGCAGAAAGAAAACAGAUGUUGAAAAUAAGCAUAAGCAGAAAGGGCACAUGAGAGACGAGGCCCAAAAGCGUGUGGAAAAACUUGAGGAGCACAUUAGAACUUCAGAAGCUGCGCUAGAGGAUCAGAAGAAGCUUAGAGCUGAUCUUCAAUCAGAUGUGGGAACAUCUAAAGACAAGAUACAACAGAUACAGCGUGAGUUGGAAAACAUAUCUGAACAGCUCGGUGAUGCCAAAGUUGACAAGCAUGAGGUUUCAAGGAACAAAAAGAAGACCGAAAUUGUUGAAAAUUUCAAACGUCUCUAUCCUGGUGUGUACGAUCGCAUGAUCAACAUGUGCCAACCGAUCCACAAAAGAUUCAAUGUAGCAAUUACCAAGGUCUUGGGGAAGUACAUGGAAGCUAUUGUUGUGGAUACUGAAAAGACGGCACGACAGUGCAUACAGUAUCUUAAGGAACAAUAUUUAGAACCAGAAACGUUCUUACCUCUUGAUUAUAUUCAAGCAAAGCCGUUGAAGGGCAGGCUUCGAAACAUCCAAGAGCCCAAGAAUGUCAAGCUUUUAUACGACGUUCUCGCUUUUUCACCAAAGGAUAUUGACAGAGCUGUUUUAUUCGCCACUAAUAACGCUCUGGUCUGUGAAACUCCUGAAGAUGCCAAUAAAGUUGCAUACGAGAUGGACAAAAAAACUAGAUACGACUGUGUUGCACUUGAUGGAACUUAUUACCAGAAAGCUGGAAUCAUUUCGGGUGGUAGUUUGGAUUUGGCAAAGAAAGCAAAAAGAUGGGACGAAAAACAGAUGUCACAACUAAAAUCUCGGAAGGAAAAACUCACAGAAGAACUAAGAGAGGCUCUUAAGAAAUCUCGCAAAGAAUCCGAACUUAAUACAGUCGAUUCUCAAAUCAGGGGACUUGAAACCCGUCUAAAGUAUAAUAAAAAUGAUUUGGUAACAACGAAAAAGCAAAUAGCGGAUCUUGAAUUGGAGCUGCAGGCACUACAAAAUGAGCUGAAUCUCUUUGGUCCCACAAUAAGCGAUAUUGAAAAAACAAUGGCCACCAGAGAUCAAGAGAUCCAAGCUAUCAAGGAAAAAAUGAACAGUGUAGAGGACGAUGUAUUUGCUAAUUUUUGCGAACAGAUUGGUGUUGCUAAUAUUCGUCAGUAUGAGGAAAGAGAAUUGAGAUCACAGCAAGAGCGUGCCAAGAAACGAAUGGAAUUCGACAACCAAACAAAUCGUAUUUUGAACCAGUUAGACUUUGAAAAACAAAAAGAUACUGAGAGCAAUGUACUUCGUUGGGAAAGAAUGGUUCAAGAUGCUGAAGAUAAACUAGAUGCAGCUCGUCAAACUGAGUCUCAUCAAUUGACUGAGAAAGAAAAUGACGAGGUGCAAAUGAAGAAAUUGACAUCGACUCGCAUCAACAAAAAGCUGGAGAUGGAUCAGGAAGAGGAGGAAAUUGGAAAGGCAAGACGUGAAGCUGGUGCCAUUGCCAAAGAAGUUCAGGCGGCGCAAAAGCAGCUAAAUUCAAUUGAAGCAAAGAUUGAACAGAGGAAAGCAGAUCGACAUGCUAUUUUGAUGCAAUGCAAGAUGGAAGACAUUGCAAUUCCCAUGUUGCGUGGGAACAUGGAAGAUAUCGCACAAGAGAGUACUGUGGCUGGGAGUGAAACAGGCACAGACUCUACAUUGAAUACUCAACAGCAGUACGAACGGGAAAGUUUGAUCACCAUCGACUACGGUCUUCUCCCAGACAGUCUAAAAGACAUAGAUGAUGAUGAUAUUAAAAAAAUGAAUGACAAACUCAAUAAAGUAAUAAACGAACUUCAGGGAACAAUACAGAGAAUACAAGCUCCAAAUAUGAAGGCGUUGCAAAAGUUAUAUGCUGCUAAGGAAAAAUUGCAAGAAACGAAUGAGGAGUUUGAACAGUCCCGUAAGAAGGCUAAAAAAGCUAAAACUCAGUUUGAGAAGGUGAAGAAAGAGAGGCACGAUAGAUUCAUGGCGUGUUUUGAGCAUGUCGCUAAUGAAAUCGACCCGAUCUAUAAGUCUUUAGCGAAGAACCAGUCCGCUCAGGCAUUCCUUGGACCAGAGAAUCCCGAAGAGCCGUAUUUGGAUGGUAUUAAUUACAAUUGCGUUGCUCCGGGUAAACGAUUCCAGCCAAUGUCUAACCUUUCUGGUGGUGAAAAAACGGUUGCAGCCUUGGCGUUGCUGUUUGCCGUUCAUAGCUUUCAACCAGCACCCUUUUUCGUUCUGGAUGAAAUCGACGCAGCCCUGGAUAACACGAACAUUGGAAAAGUGGCGAGCUAUAUUCGUGACAAGACCAGCUCGCUACAGACGAUUGUUAUUUCGCUCAAGGAAGAAUUUUACUCGCACGCAGACGCGCUCGUCGGCAUCUGCCCGGAUGUUGGUGAAUGUCUGGAGAGCAAAGUCCUAACACUUGACUUGACAGAAUAUCCAACUAAUCCACAGGCGUCUGAACGGGAACCCGCAGGAAUGUUCCCUGCAGCACCUAUUAUGAAUUUGUAAAAUUAUCUUCAACGUAAAAGUUGAGAUUAGGGAUUCGGGAUUCGUGGUAACAACAUUCGGAGAACGUAACGAAAUACUUAAUGUCAUUUUGUAUUUUA